GUCUUGUGUCGUGUGCAUCUGGACGUUAUUCCUUCAUAAUAAUGAAUUCUGGGAAAGAAAUGGAAACUCAUCGAUCAAAUGACAAUGUAACUAUGAAAACUAGUGACGUUUACAAAGUGGACGAACAUCUUCCUACACGUUUCAAUAACCCCGACUGUUUUCGUGGCUACAGUACCAAGAAAAACCACCCAUUCUACCAGACAUCAAACCAAAUAUAUGGAAACAAGAGACCAACCGUUCAUGAAAUGCCGACAUCUUUUCAUGGGAGUUACCGGAGGUUUUCAGAACACAUGCUGAAAAGUGGGAUGUUCAGAGACAAUGGUUUCAACACAUCCAUUGAGAAGAGCAAAAUCGCAGGACACAACACUAUCCCCAUGUUUCAAGACAGAAUCAACUUCCAUAAUGCGUUUGUCAGUGGGAACUGUCCGAAGAAUUGAAAGCAUUGCAAAACAGGACCUAACAGUUCUUCAUUAUUACACUUGUGCCUCACACUCUCUUUGCUUUUUAGAGGAUUCAUUCUUUUCAUGAAUAUUGAACACCAGCCAGAGGUUUUAUUGACCCUACCAUUGGGGAUUUAUUCAAAAUAAACCUAUUCUCAGUUACUAC